AUGGCUCAGCAACAACAUCCUGGUGCUCCCCUUUCCGGCCAAGUAGACACAUCCGAUCCGUGGAUCUCGCGUAACUAUCGUUCCAAACUGCUGUCUCUGAGCAAUGGUCCCUCUGGAUCCGAUGUGAUCAAUACGAAAGAGCUAGAAAUGUACGGCGAUGCUGCACACGACGUCGUCUUCCGCAUUGGCAACGGUGGCGCUGGCUAUACCGGAGUUCUGCGUAUGCUGGCUGACAUGUACAUUGCCGAAAACGGUGGAGGAUUCCGCAUCGGAUGGGUUCCCAAUCACAGCCGCCACUCCCAGAUCGCGUUGCUUGCUGGUGUGGUUGAAAUAGCUCUCACUUACGAGCCUCACAACGAGGACUUGGCCAUCGAUGAGGGGUGGGCGAGCAGAGUGGGAAGGGCGUUCAACGAUCACUUCAUUCUUGUUGGUCCGGACGUAGAUGUCGGUGCAUUCGAUAUUUGUGGUGCCCUGAGAAUCAUUGCGGAAUCCCACUCGGCCCGCGGUGGGAGUGGUGCUGCUCCUGGUGGAGUACGGCUGGACCGUAUCGAGUUCCAUACUAGAGGCGACGGAUCAGCCACGUUUGCGAAAGAACAGCUACUCUGGCAAGCCGCUGGUGUAGAUGUGUCUGGUAAAGACUGGAUGAAAACGUACCCUCUGGCCCCUUACGAUGCACUUCUGAGGGCCGACAACGAACGAGCGUUUUUGCUUACCGAUCGAGCCACGUUCCUCACGGCAAAACGAGACGGCGUCAUCCCAUCACUGCACGUGCAUGUCGAAGGUGGCCAAGAGCUACUGAACCCGUGUUCUGCAGUCGUGAAAAGCGAUGCGUUCGUGAGCGAAGUGUCUGGUGACCGAGAUCUAGAAGCACAUAGAGCUGCUGCACGCUUUGCAGUGUGGCUCACCAGCAAUCAGGCACAGAGCGCGAUCAAAGAUUAUGGAAGACAAUGGGGUCUGUGCAAGCCUCUGUUCACCCCCGGAGACGAAGAGGAGUUCUCUGCUGAGGACCGGCUGCCAUCAUCAUAA